UCUCUGUUGGCACAGAAAUUUGCCCCGCAGACUGGUUGCAAAAUUCGUACGGUAAAGGACAUCGUAGCAGGCGCGCCGUCGGAAAAUUUUCAUCGCCGUUUCGCGUUUACUUGCAUUUUCUACGGCUUGAUGGCCUCGGGGAAAACCCAGUUGGCCGACUUUACGGAAAGUGAUAUCAAAAAAGCAUUAAUGUGUAGCUGUAACGUAAAAUUCUACGUCUUCCAGUAGCCGAAGCAAGAGACAAGCCAGCGACAUUAGAUUUUACGCUUGAGGGAAGAUAUUUUUACAAGUGCGAGCGAUUUCUUUGGUUGAAUCAUUAGCUGUGAUUAGUUAUCAUUGAUCGUAGUUUUGGGUGCAAAAACCGAGCAAUCCUGUGUCGGAAACACAACUGAAAUUGUAACCUUUUAUGAAGUGAUACUUUAAAUAUUCAUUAAGCGGAAACCAAAAUGGCAAUAUCCUGCAAGCAACGAAGCAAACACAUCACCAUACCGCAGAACAGUUUCAUCUCCGUCAGCCUGUUACUCAUCGUAGUUGGCCUUGGAGUGGAUCGGAACCCAAAAGUCGCUGCAGCGCGCCUAAAGUUCCCGAACUACGAGGCCCGGUACAUCAACGACUUCAUCAACUACACCCGCCCAGCAGCGGACAUCAUGGAGCCCAUUUUCUACGAUUACGAUUCGGAACCGUCGCGAAAGGCGUACAACCGAGAGUACGAAGACGGUGUCGCAGGAUUGGGCUACCGAGUUCCUCCACUUCCGCUAGCCAUGGACCAACCGGAAGAAAUCAGCACUGGCACAAGUGCUUCUUCGCAGGAAACGGAAGUCACUCGACCACCGGAUAUUUAUCCUGACCCGGACCAUAUCUAUGCAACGUUCCUCAACAAGAGUACCAUGAAGCGCAAUCGCUUUCCAGGGGAGGAGAAUGUUAUCAAAGUUUAUUCUGGGAAAUCCCUCCGAAAGAGUCCCCAAGCACGGAUCGACGACGACGGUUCGUUCGACAGCUUGAACAACGACAUGAAGGGUCACGACUUCAUCGACAACAUCAUGUACAUCUACUACGGUACGAACGGGACGCUCCGAAAGGACCUGGGCGGAAACGUAAUUGUGAUAGGGGCCGUGUUCGCUUUGGCGCCCCAAAUACUGACGGCAAUAAUUUUAUUCCUGCGGAAUCGUCGCCCCAGGCACUUCAACACCUUCUACCCGAUCUGUUUGAACCUGCUAUUGACCUUGGCGGCGUCCAAUUUCUCCUUCGUGCUUGGAGUGCAGGCCACUCGCAAUCCGGUUAAGUGCGAACUGAUCGCUAUCGUGCUACACUAUCUGCACCUGUGUACGAGCAUUUGGUGCUUCAUCUACAUCUACGUGAUCUACGACCUGAUCGUGAACGAGUGUGGACCCAAACUGAAGUACAACUAUCUGAUGGGCUAUGGAGUUCCGGCGGUCUACGUUCUGUUCUCGUACGCCUCGUCGAUCGACACUUUCGAGGUUCACCACUACUGCUGGAUGUCCAUCCAGAAGGGCAUGAUCGUGAGCUUCAUGAUUCCGAUCUCGUUCCUCAUCAUUCUGACCACGGUAUUGGGGACGAUCAGUUUGAAGAGAAUCUCCAGCAAGCAAACGGCGAUCCUGUGUGAAAGCAUCGAGAGCAUCAUAGAAACCACCUCCAAAUGCAACGACAUAAUGUUUCCGAGACUUCCUUCGGUGGGGGCACACCUGGCCAAUCGUAGCAAUAGCUAUCCCCAGUUGGAACUGAAGGAGAAAUGCUGCCAAGAGUACGCCAACCAAUCGAUAGAGAAUCGCCAAUCCGCCGUCACACUGCCGCAGCAGACCACGGGCAUCGGGCACGGGUUCAGCGUGAGCGGGUUCAAGAAGUCCCUCGAGUGCUACGAUACCAGGAUCGACCUGGGACAGCUGUCGCUGGCGGAACUUUCGACGCCCAGUUUGGCGUCCGACAUUCAGGACUUUACCGAGUUCAAGCGAGCGAUCAAGUUUGGGCUGUUCUUCCAGCCGAUCUUCUCCAUCUGUUGGUUCCUGAGCGUAAUCGCACUGGAGAACAUGCACUCGUGCGUAAUGCCGGUUAUUUUUGCCAUCUGCUUGAACAUUUUGAAUUGGUGCAUGCUAGUGCGAUCAUCGAGCAUUUGUCCCUUCGUAAGCGCCGUUUCGGAGGAAACCCACGAAAAGUCCGGCCUGGACUGUGCCGACUCGAUGCUGCACGGUCCAAACGGAAGCGGCGGGGGUCACGCAACGGACAACGAAACCACCCAGGCCAGCAUCUGUACCGACACGAUCCCUCUGCUGUGCGCCUCGAAUCCCUCGAUCAUCAACGCCACCAGCGGUGGCCUAGUUCCAACCCCACUACUCUCCAGGAAAUGCUCCACCGGAUCCGACCUGGAUCAGCAAACGCUGAACUUCAUCAGUAGCAACAACCUGAAGAACACCUGGGAGUCCAGCGUGGACAUCAGCGGCCACCACGUGAAUGCCAGCGAUUGCAUCAGCACAAUCAGCAAUUGAACUACGGGAUUUUUCUACAACACGCAAACGAGGGCAUAUCAGCAGCAGAUUAGGGAAGAUUUGGAAAAGUUUGUGAUACGCGCGGAAGGCCAAGUCACCGCACUUGUAUAGUUACAGCAAAACUGUUCAAUCACUUCUUUUCGAACAUUUAUCAUAUUGGAUCUAUACCGGUAAGACCCACAGGUAGGGCAUAUACUCUCUAUUUAGCCACUUGUACAUUGUAUCAGCAGAAUAUUUAAACAGAAAAAAGUAGAAGUUCCUCAUUGAACCAGUUUUGGAAUGUUCUGACUCCUAGAGCCAUAGAGAGGUAUCAUUGUAAAACUUGACUAUACGACUCAAUCCAUUCGAGUCGAUUGCUUAUUCUAAACAACCAUGAUAAAUUAAAUGACUCAUUUAACCGUAGCACAAAUAGAAAAAAAAAACAAGAAUAACGGAAAAUAUGUGAUGCUAUUUCGGAUAAAAAUAAAUCUAACAGUAGAAUUUUACCUUUAUUAGUAUCAAUCAACUAGCGGGUAAAAGUCAUACAACAUUACGGACACAGAUAGAUUAUCAUAGAAUUUACAAUAAUUUAAACAACCAGCAAGUAGACAUACAGAUAACUUCAAUAAAGAAUAGUACAAACUUAUUUAUCUAUGCAGUGCAUGUUUGUUACUGCGAAGUGAUCAAUAUUGUAAAAUUCUCCAAAGCCGCGCAUCAGGCGAGCUGAAUUUGUUCGAAGUGGCGUGACAAUGUCACCACAGCAGCAAUAAUUACCAUAAGGUAACUUUUAAGAGUACUACUGUAUGUUCGUUUCUUCCUAGCGCUUAUCACUACACACAAUACCAGUUGAUUCAACAUCGAUUCUUAAAGCAAUGCACUCGAGAAAGAUUCCUCUUCAGAAUAGAUGUCCAGUCCAGUUACAAGUUGAACUCCGUACUAGCGCUUCUAUUCCUUCGGAGCAAUCUGGAGGUAUUACGUUGCCCAAUAGCAUUUCAAACUCCAUAGCCAUGUUUGUGACUUACGGCUUGUACAAAACAGUUCCCAAAAAUUAUAUCGAUUCCAAAGCAUUCCAUUAAGAAUAAAAACCUUUGACGAUAACUAA